CUCACAGGAGUCCUGGAUGAUUGUUUAUGUGACAUAGAAAGCAUUGACGACUUCAAUACUUUCAAGAUCUUCCCCAAAAUACAGAAACUGCAAGAACGUGAUUACUUCAGAUAUUACAAGGUCAACCUGAAGAGACCCUGUCCAUUUUGGGCUGAUGAUGGUCAUUGUUCUAUCAAAGAUUGCCAUGUAGAGCCUUGUCCUGAGAGCAAAAUACCUGUUGGAAUUAAGGCUGGGAGCUCUAAUAAAUAUUCAAAAGUGGCAAAUAAUUCCAAAGAAUUGGAAGACUGUGAGCAAGCUAACAAACUGGGAGCUGUCAACAGUACCUUAAGUAACCAAAGUAAGGAGGCUUUCAUUGACUGGGCAAGAUACGAUGAUUCACAGGAUCAUUUUUGUGAACUUGAUGAUGAGAGAUCUCCAGAUGCGCAGUAUGUGGAUUUGCUGCUGAAUCCAGAACGCUACACUGGAUACAAGGGGCCUUCUGCUUGGAGAGUGUGGAACAGCAUCUACGAAGAAAACUGCUUCAAGCCUCGAUCUGUCUAUCGUCCUUUAAAUCCACUGGCGCCUAGUAGGGGAGGAGAUGAUGGAGAAUCUUUCUACACAUGGCUAGAAGGUCUUUGCCUUGAGAAAAGAGUGUUUUAUAAACUAAUUUCUGGACUUCAUGCUAGCAUCAACUUGCAUCUGUGUGCAAAUUAUCUUCUUGAAGAAACCUGGGGAAAACCUCGCUGGGGACCCAAUGUGAAAGAGUUCACUCGCCGCUUUGACCCUAUUGAAACAAAAGGAGAAGGACCAAGAAGGCUCAAAAAUUUGUAUUUCUUAUAUUUGAUAGAGCUGCGUGCUUUAUCAAAGGUUGCCCCAUACUUCGAGCGUUCUGUUGUUGACCUUUACACUGGAAAUGGCCACGAGGAUGCUGAAUCUAAAGCUCUCUUACUAGAUAUCUUCAGGGAUACAAAGUCUUUCCAUAUGCACUUUGAUGAAAAAUCCAUGUUUGCUGGAGAUAAAAAAGGAGCCAAGUCCUUAAAGGAAGAAUUCAGGUUACAUUUCAAGAACAUAUCCCGCAUAAUGGAUUGUGUUGGAUGCGACAAAUGCCGGCUGUGGGGCAAAUUGCAGACUCAAGGCUUAGGAACUGCUCUGAAGAUUUUGUUUUCUGAGAAAGAAAUACAGAGCCUCCCUGAGCAUAGCCCAUCAAAAGGUUUUCAGCUCACACGUCAAGAAAUAGUUGCUCUUGUAAAUGCCUUUGGAAGGCUUUCAACAAGUAUAAGAGAGUUGCAGAAUUUUAAAGUUUUAUUACAACAAACUAGGUAAUGAAGGCCUUUGCACAACCCAUUAGUGAAGACCAUUUACAUGACUGCAUUGGGCAGAAGGAACUGAUCCUUACAGGACUCACAUGAACUGAUAAAAAGUAAAAUCAAGUACCAACUUGAAUAUUUAUGGUUAUAUUAGGAAUGGUUAUUAAUUAGAAAAGAUAUUUAUGAAUGAAAUAUA